AUGAUCAACCCGCUGUGGUGCAGAGCUGAGGUGAGCCAGCGCCGGAAGUCCCCUCCGCUGCCUCCAGAACUCUUACGGCCGGAUGCGCAGGACGAGGAGCACCUGGUCUCUGUCUUCUGUACUUCCAGCAGCCAGGUGGAGGCAAAGGAACAGAAGGACCAUGGAUGGUGGGGCACGCUUCUUUUGGCAGCAUUUCAGUUCUGUCCACCAGCCUGGAAGAUCCCCUCGAUGGAUGAAGUCACCAUCGAGCGACGCCUGCCACCGCACUUGCGCCCUCUCAGGCCGCACGAGGCCUUGGACAUGCCCAGGCUCUCCCGGCUGUUGUGCAGGCUGUGCACGCAAGCUGAAGGCUGUGAAGGUGACAGUCACAAGGUUUCGCACUUUCGCCUAGACGGUCUUGGCGGAAACAAGGUUGUGUCGGUACCCGGCUUGCUCGCGAGCUUGGGGUGCCCUACGGCCGCAAGCCGUGCCCGCAAGGAAGUACAUGAGCUUGCCGUCCAUGCUAUUCGGAAGAGCCAAUUCUUUGAGCGCCCCCUUCAACUGCACCAUCUGGCCUUGCUGGAAUGGGCCGGGGCGCAAUGGCAUCAGCCAGACGGCUGGGGCCGGAGCUCCAUGCACAGCCUGUGUGCUGGGACGUAUCUUCGUGCUUUUACAGGUGGAGGUGGUGAUGCUUCGCCCUUUCGGAAUUCUUUACAAGGUGCUCGUGCCCGCUAUCUCUCCCGCCGAAUGCGGGGGUGGGAGGCCGCUGAAGAUCAGCACGGCCUGACAGCCCUCAAUUAUCUCCUGCCACCACUGCAGCCAAGUUGCUGCGUAUGUGCGGGUGCUGCUCAGUGGGAAGUUUUUCAGUCCUUGGCGGGGAGCUUCGUAAACUCGUUCGAACAGCUGGAGGUGAUCACUCCGCUGGCUCGAGGAGUUGUGUCGCCGACGGCCCUGAACUGGGUUAGCUCGGCGAUGAGCUUCCAAUGCGACUCCUGGCAGGUUGUUGCUGUUGCAGAUGGCACGGAUGGUGUGGAAGGGCAGUUCCAGGAUGCCGAGGGCGAGCAAGCCACCGCAGCAGGCAAAUCUUUGCAAUCCAUGGUGCUGCAAUCGUAUGGUUGUGCAUUUGUGGAGUGCCGCCUGAACCUCUUGCAGGCCCGGGCAGUUGCGCUAACUGCGCUGGUGCCACUAGUGCAACUGCGGCUUCUGCGUGCCGCUGCCGCUUCCCGUUCGUGGUCACGCCGCCCGAGUUCCGAAGGCUCAGGCUCUCAGCCCCAUGCGCUGAUGGCCCACUUUGGCCAGCUCCUCGAGGAUGCUGGCAGCGAGUGGACGAAGCGAAAGUCCGGCUACGAGAAGCGGCUUACCCUGCUUGAGCUCGAACUGGGACGAACGACAGCAUUUCCGCCACCUGUGGCCUGCUCGAAGCCGAGUUCCCGAUCAAAUGAGGCCCCAGCUGCUGAAGCAUCCGGGUUCCAGGAUGAACAGGCCUUCUCACAGCCAGGGCGUGCCAGAGCCCAAGCCUUCCUGGAGCGGCUCCGGCAGCGGCGCUUGGCAGAGGCUUCCGACGCAUCUCUGGGCGCACUGCAGGCAUCGGCGCAGAAGACUCAGGUGGCUUUGAGUGCAGCUGUGGACCGUCUCGCGCAAGACUUGUACGAACUCGAGGGCCACUUCGUGUUCGAAUUGGUUCAGAAUGCAGAUGACAACAAGUAUUCAGAGGACGUGCAGCCUGAACUGUUCAUGUCGCUGCAGACCGACGGCUCUGGCUCGUAUUUCAUGACAAAAAACAACGAGCUCGGCUUGAGGGAAGGUGAUGUGAUGGCUAUGUGCGACAUCAAUGCGAGCUCCAAGUCGUCGAGGUGCAUCGGUAAGAAGGGCAUUGGCUGGAAAAGUACUUUUGCGGUCUCGCAGUGUCCACACGUUCUCUCCGGCGAUUUCACCUUCAAGUUUGAUGUUGGCGGACCUCUGGGAAAGCUCGCCUAUGUGACUCCGACCUGGCUACAGGAUUCCGAGCUGGAGAAGCUGCCCAAACCAGUGCAGGAUGCACACCAGAGUGGGGGGACUGUCAUCUAUCUGCCGCUCCGAACCGGGCCAGACAGCAUUGCAGAGGCAUUCGAUCGAUUGUGCGAACACCAUGUCACGCUUCUGCUCUUGAAGCAGCUCCGCCACAUCCGGUUGGAAUAUCCCGGUGGGAACAUGGUUUGCCUGGAGCGACUUGAGAGAGCAGGGCUGGUGCAGUCCAUAAGCGUGCUGGGGUCUCGUGAGCCAGCAGAGAGCCUGGAGGAAAAGGAAGCCAAGAUGUUCCAGUACAUGGUUCAUCCAUUCGAGGUCGAAGGUGUGGACCCUGGUGGCCCAGUCGUUUUGAGGUUGGUCUUCCCCACAGCCGAUUGCCCACCUCGAAUGUCUGUGCAUGUUGGCCUUCCCGUUCGCUGCGUGGGCUUUCACUUUGCUGUCGAUGCCCCGUUCGACUUGGUCGCCAGCAGGGCUGAUCUGCACGAAGGCAGCGCGGUCAACCAGAUCCUUUGUAAUGCGAUCCCACAAGCUUUUGGAGAUUUUCUGGCAGGACCUGGGCGUGAUGUUAGCUGUCAGGCAAUGAGGUUUGUGGGCUGCGAGGCUGCUCCCAGACCGAUUUGGCAACACGUUCGCACGAAGCUGGUGGAUUCGUUGCUGCAUGUUGCUUGCAUCCGGACAGAACAAGGGGCAGUUGCGAAGCCGGAGGAAUGUUUUGAGCGGCCGCAGCACCCUCUACGCCUGGCAGCAUCCCAGCUGAUUCCGGCCAAGCUCCUACAGCUCAGUUGCGGCCGAAGCUUUGCAUCCUCCAGCUCUGUGGCGACAGUUGGCGUUGGCGCGGGGGUUCUUGAAGUUUUUUCAUUGGAGCAUUGGAUCAAGGUGCUGAGAUACCGUGGAUCCUCCUGGCCUUGUGGUCUUGUGGGCAGCGCUGCCCAGACCGAGGACCCUUGCGAGUUCUUUGUGCCUUUUUGCACGUGGCUUGACAUGGAGUUGAGAGAGGCAGAGCAGCCCAGUCAGCUGCUCGCUCAAGUCUGGGAUGUUGACCUGCUGCCGGCUUUUCGCUCGCGUACGCCUUUACGCAUCAGCGAUGGUCCAAUCUUUUCUCGCCCGUGUGUGAAGAUUCGGGCAGAUUGGCAGGGCUUUCUGUCCGAGGUGGGAUUGCUCAAGUUUGUGGAGCCGCGGGUACGCCUGGCACUGCAGAAUGCAACGCCGCACCUGAUGGAAUCGUUGACGAUGGGUAUGCCCAGCCGCCCCGAACUGGCAGCUCUCUGCAUAUCUUGGCACCUGACCUCCUUCAAUGGGCUCGGUGUGACAGCAGAGCCGACUCCAAUGAAAGCUCUUUUGGCAAGCCUUGCGUGCUUGAAGGAAACGUUCCUCAGUGAUGAGCUUCCAGAGGGAAGUCGACUUGGUCUAGACUUGCCGCUACCUUUACCAAAGGCAGAUCCGGAAGCGAGACAGGCUUGGUGGAGAGAGUUGGGCACCUGGCUAUGGUUGCCGGGCCUCCAGAUGAGCAGCGAUGCUCGUUUGAGUUUGCGGCGCCCGCAGAAGCUGCAGAGUAGUUCGUACCUCGGUUUUACCUGCACUGAUGAGUCGCGGCCAUUAGAUGCAGCAGUGGUUCAAGAUAUUUUCAGCCAAAAGACAUGGGGCGAAGAUGCCCUGGGAUGGGAGGCCUUCCUUCAAGCCAUUGGCGUGCAAACUUUUCAGCCAGCGGAAGCUGAGCAUACGCAGGACCUGGCAUCAAGGCUUGGUGCUAGCCUCUGUGCGCAGGAGUGGUGGUCUGGCCUCCUGAAGCGUGGGCUGCGAGCACAGGCCUACGUUUCUCGCCGCUGCCGCGGGGCUGACGAUGCUGAAUCGCAUUGGCUUCGGACUUUGCCCAUUGCUGUCCAAGUGGAUGCCCCCAAGGGUCAAGGUCCGCUGAAGGACCGCAAGGUGCUGCGCAAGAUCCACUUGCAAGACUUUUUCUUGCAUGACGUCUACGGCAGGCUGGGUGGGCAGUACCUGCACUAUGUCCGGCUUCCUGGAUCCCCGGGCUCCACAAGACAGCCCGCCGAGGAUGAACUAGUUCGCAGGUGCUUGCGGUGUCUCGGUGUCCAGGUGGAGCUUUCUGCAGCAGGAUUGCUCCGAAGUUUGCGCCUCCUGAAGGACGAAGGUCGAUGUCAGAACAUCGAGGUUUAUGCGGACAUCUACAAAGAAGUGGCCUCCGGAUUCGGAUCACGUGCAGAAGGUGGUUUUUCGAGCGAUCUCCGGGAAGCUCUCUCGGAACUGGUGUUUGUGCCUCUGCAGUUCAGACAUCUUGACGAGUGCACUUGGGAAGAGGACGGUGAGAUUCAAUGGUUGACGCAGGUGCCGUCCCUGCAGGCACACUAUCUCAGAUACGGGCCGAGCGUUCGGCACUACUUCUUGGAUGUGCUGGGAAUGCCGGAGACGCAUCCUGGUUUUUCUCCCAGAUCUUUGCUGACAGCUUUGCGAAAUUUGGUGAAGCACGUGGAGGACGCUCUUUCCAGCCCCACUUCAUCGGAAAGCCUGCAGCAGACACCGACGACUGCGCGCGGAUUGCUCGAGUCAAUGACCAACUUGGCAAGCAAAGUCUACAGCAGCCUGGCGAAGGCCUGCAGGACAAGUUCGGUUACUUGGCAUGCGGACGUGCGACGUGCGUUCUCCCAAGAGCGCCUGCUCUUGCUUCCACCUCUGGAGCUUCCUGAUCUGGCUACGCACCCGCUGCGGGCGCAUGCUCAGGGGCGGAGCAACAUGAGCCGGCAAGAUCAGCAACGCACGAGGAGCUCAUCUGCGACCUCGUCUCUGCCGGCUCCUGAUGCAUCCAGGCGGCACAGACCCAAGCGGUUGUACACCAAGGAAUCUUGGUGGGAAGUGGAAGACGAGUUAAAAGAGACGAAGGCGACCAACCUGAAUCUUCGCUCGCUGUACGGUGGCAUCCACGACGCUGAGUUCCUUUUCUUGCGUGUGAUCGGCAUUCGGAGAUUGGCCUCACGUGGUGAUGUGGUACAGCGACUGCGCGAGAGCAUGAGCUCCGCGGGCGCUCUAAGCAACUGGACCGAGGGAAUCGACAUCUCCGACUUGGAGGAGCUGGAGAACAUCCAGACUAGUAGCUACUUCCGUCCUGCAGAUUGGCGUGCGCCAGGAGAGGAGGACGAUGGUGCUCAUGAUUCCGGCCAAGAAGCUGCGACUGAACGGGCCUCAGCCAGCUUCAGACCGCCGCAAACAACGGGCUCUGCUCACCCGCCCGCCUGGAGAAGCCCGGAAGCAGCCCGCGACGCCGAAGACCGUGCCAACGCUGCCCUGCGGGCCGAUGCAGCACGCAGGGAAGCUGCAGAAAUCGCGGCCAGGGCAAAGGCAAAGGCGAAGGCGAAGGCUGCAGCGACCACCGCUGAAUCAAGAGGAAGUCAGGUGCAGCCGCAGUCGGAGCUGGCGGAGCGGCCCAGGCAGCGCUUCAGCUGGCAGCGGUAUCGAGAAGCGCGCACGGAGGCUUCGCAGGGAGUGCCUGAGAGCACAGCCUUGGGAGCUGGCGACUCCCCCGCUGGGGUCCCCGUGCCUCCUGCGGAGUCCCCGGGGCACUCGCCAGGAGCGAAGCUGACAUGGUCACGCCUGCGAGCGCAGCAGGCCUGUGUCGAGGAGAGUGCUCCGCAGAGGCAGUCCGAGCCGACGUUUGAAGAUGGCAGGGCAGCUGCGCCAAAGAUGCGUGGCACACGUGCUUCUGCAUGGUCGUCUUUCAGAUCUGCCGAAAGCUUUCAGGCCCAGGAGAACCAGGAUCUCCCGCAUCGUUCUGACCAUGGAGACGGUCAUGAAGAUGCAGAUGCCCUGCAGCUGCGCCUGGCCGCCCUGCGAGCUGCUGCACAGUGCAGGAAGAGCGAAGUGGAGGAUCUUCGCAGAGAGCGUCAAGGUGUCGAGGAGACGACCCAGCGAUAUUUGCGCAUACUGCAGGCCGGUGGCUCUCAGCAUCCACCUGUGUAUUCUCGUUCAUCGAUCUGA